AUUAUUAGAUUUAAACAAUAAAUAAAAAUUUCAUAAUAGUUUUAGACAAUGAUCAAAAUUCUAAAAAGACUGCGGGGGAAGGGAAGUUACCUUGUCCGGGGAUAUCAAACGCGGCCAAAAAUCUGCCAGCAGCCCGGAGUGUUUGUCCAUCCGGAGGUGCGUCGCACCAUUCCCCUCGUUUAUUUCAAAAAAAAUGAUCUGCCUUAUAAACUGGAUCUCGAGCUACUUGCCAGACCGGACUGCAGCAUAUCCACUCUCGAGCGGCAAAGAAGGAGCCAGGAGUACUUCCGGCAGUUUUGCAAGAGGCAGCGCAGUUGCUUCUCCGACACGUACCACUGGUCGGAGUUCCGGCGGAAGAUGAUCUACGGCAGUUACUAGACAGGACUAUCCUCGACAUUUUGGAGUUACGGAGCGGGACUAAAAACAGCCUACUGAUUCGGUUUCCUGGGCGCUUUGUGGUAUAAAAAGUAUUUUGUUUCGAUCUAAUUUACAAUGUCAAAUCAUAACAAAAGACUUUUCAUACCAUAAAGCAUCAUAUGAUAAAAAAGGCAUCGUUAAAUUAUACAAAUAAAUUGA